AUUGAUUUAACUCAAACACCAGUCAACACCGUUCGGCCAGACGCGCAACAGAAGUCACUCCGAUUCAUUCGUCUCACCCUCUCUUCUCUUACAACGCCAACAUGCGUGUCUCUGCUCUACUGUCAGCCGCCGCGGCUUGUCUAGCCCCUGUCACAGAAGCAUACAUUCACACCCUCGGCUUCCCUUCAACAAUCCAGGUCGGCGUCCCAUUCAAGGUCUACUACGAGCAAUUGAUCAGCCAGCCAAGGGUGCACAACCUCAUCUUUGGCAUCCAGAAGGACGACGGCAACAUCUACAAGGGCGAAAUUGGUUCUAGCCUAUUCUAUAGCGGUUACAUUAAAGAUGUCCUCCCCGGAGGUUCCUUUAAUGGGACACUGGACCCUCAAUUCACCAUCCCUACCUAUUUUGAGAGCGGUCCUGCUGUUAUCAAGGUGCUGCUCACAGAGUUUGCUGGGCUCACCAAUGGCGUUGGGUUCCGCACUAUCUAUGUCCCAGUGACGAUUGGUGACGCGACCAGCACGGAGCGGUCAUUCGGAAGCAUCGAUGACGAGAACGCCGAGUCCUGGGUUGAGGCCGCCUCUUCUUAAUUCCAGAGUCGCGAACAUGUAGAAAGCGAGGAAGCGAUACUCUAGAAGGCCGAAUUCAUGAAUAGAGCAGAAUCAGAAUCUGUAUAGAAA